AUGCUUGCGCUGCUGUUUGUUGUGCACAUUGGAAUAUAUGGCAUUUCUCGGUCUAGUAGGAUUUCUUUUAAGCAUGCUAAAAGGGUUCUUGUUCCGGAGUCAUUUGAGAGUUAUCCUUGGGGCAGAGUGGGAUUUAAGGAGUUGAUGGAGUCCAUAAAAGUAGCUAAACUUGAUGGGAAGACGUACGUCGUACACGGAUGUGUACAUGCGCUGUUGAUAUGGGCAUACGAGGCUAUUCCAAUAAUAGGUGAGAAAUUUGGUAAGAGACGAGGAAACAUUGAAAUCCCAUUACUUCGGUGGGAAUCAUGUCGCAACAGAUACAAUCUGGAAGCAUUAGUGGAAGAAGAGAAGAAAAAAACCGGUCUGGAUAAGGUUCGAGUUAGGCAGUUAGUGUUGAAACCUCUGGAAGAGAUAUAUCCCGUUUGGGCAGGCGAAGAGGCAGGAGGUGAUAUCAAGCUUGAUAACAUGAUUCGUGAUAUUGUUGGAGGGUGUCUGGAUGAAAGUUGCUGGGAAACAGAAGAGCAACUGUUGAACAAAAAGAAGAGGAAGAAAAAGUUAGAAGUGGUGGUAGAUAGUGAUGAUGAUUUGGUAGAGAAACCUUUGCGAAAGAUUUCAAGUACGAAGAAGGAAGAGCAGAAGACGAAAAAGAUGGAGCCGAGAGACUAUAGUGAUUCUGAAUCUCAGAAAAAAACGGAAGAUGGGUUAGGUUGGGAUGGAAGAGAUAUAAGAAAACCAUCCGAAGGCCUUGCUGAUGAAGCACUAGCGAAUGUGCUUAACACUAUUCUUGAGAAACUUGCUGAGCUGGGAAGGAAGUUUGAACUAUUGGAAGCGAACAAAACUACUGUGGAGGAGGGGUCGACGAAAAAAAGGAAUGAAGUAGGCGAUGAAGUAGACGAGGAGAAGGUGUGUGAUGCAGAGUCUGACACUGUUGGGGAGAAGGACAAUAAGAAGGGUUGUGAAGCGUGUACGGAACCGGUUAGUUGUUUUUGUUUGAAUGCAGUGGUUUUGUUAUUCAUAUUUGAAAUACCAUUGAAUCAUGUUUACAAUACCAUUGCAGUCGUGGUUGCAACAGAGGUUGAAACAUCGCAGGAAGGGAUUACUAUAACCAGAACCAUAAGGAACCCGGCAUACGAUUAUAAGAAACCCACGCGAAGGAAGCUGGAACUGAACGAUCCCAUUGAAAAGUUAGGAGGUGAUCGCCCGGCGGGGAAGACGCCGUUUAUAAUUCCACAACUAAGUGAUGGAGAAGACGAUGAAUUUCUGAUGAAAGCAUUUGCGGCCAACGCACAACAGCUGGGAAGGCAGGGAAAACAGGACAAAGCAAAGGUGAGGCCUACGCCUUCGCCAGACAUCCUUUUGUCACCGAAACAAUCUCGUCCUAGAUCUGCCGUGAAGGAGGAAGCGGUGAGGCCUACGCCUUCGCCAGACAUCCUUUUGUCACCGAAACAAUCUCGUCCUAGAUCUGCCGUGAAGGCCGGAAUCAAUCCUCAGGCGACGUAUGAUCCUUUAGAGAAGGUCGAUAGAAAGAAGAAAGUUGCGCUCCUCGAAUAUGUGAAGACAUAUUUGGAUAACCCUAUCGAAAGUAGCAGGCCUGUGGCAGAUUUCUACCUAACCUUAAUGACACCCAAACAACAGUGGGCUGUAGAUGAAUACGGGUGGCUUUCCGAUUUGCAUAUGGUCGCGGGUAUGAACAUGUUCCGCCAAAGAGUACAAAAUAAGUAUCUCGGCCACGAGAAGACGUUUGAAUUCUCUAUUGGGCACGAGAACCAUUACAACGGUAUUGCCCCAGACUGUGCCGUAACCAACAAGAAAUGGGUUAAAGAUGUUGACACUUUGUACAUCGCCCAUAAUAUUCUCAAUACUCAUUGGGUGGCAGUUGAGGUUGAUUUGCUAAUUAAGAGGGUAAAAGUUUAUGAUUCCAUCUACUCGGCAUUUGAUGUGGAUGUCGUAAAAGAGUCUGUGAAGCCGUAUAUGAAGCUGGUUCCGCUGCUUUUGAGACACGUCGCACCAAAAGAGGAGAAGCAACAAAUGGGCGGGAUUGCCUACAACUUCUACCUGGUAAAGGGUCUUCCGCAGAAUGAUCAAACCGGGGACUGCGGUGUAUACACCCUGAAGGCCAUCGAGUGUUUAGCUCUUGGACGGACUCUGACCGGCAUCGACGACACGAAUGUGGGUGACAUCCGUAUCAAGUACGCUGCUGAGAUGAUGGCUGAGGUGGACUUGUCUGACUUCCUGCUACCGAUAAUCCCAGAGACAAGCCCGUACCCAAAGACAAGCCCGUGCCCGCGUGGUACAUCUGAUGACGCUUCGCAGGGGCUGGAGACGGAUUCGUUGGAUUCGUUGUAG